UGUUGCACGACAGUCAAUUAGUGAAACCAAACGUAAAGUGGAACGUGGCGGGUUUUCCUCAUGUUUCCCUCGUCCGGUCUUUUUGUUGAUAUAAAUUGUCCUUUUUCCAAACGUGGGCUUUGUGAGCGGCCUCACUGUUUGUACAAACAUGCCAAAGAAGUGCGGGAUGCGUUUGGUGCCUCUUGUCAAUCAUCUGUAGUUGACUUUGCAGGAAAGCAAAAUGGCUAUCCAGUGAAUGAUGAGAGCAAAGAUGACUCCCUCCAGGAGCUGGAGCGAAUCAACAAGGAGAUUGAAACUGUAAGGCACGAGGUUGAGCAGGAGCAAAGGCGACUGUCACGCUACCAGACCGUACUGGCAGACAGUAUAAAGACUUCACCCAAUUUCUCAGUUUCCAAGUCUGAGACAGCAAGUAAAACUGUAGACAGAGGUCCUAAUGGGCUGUCCUCAUGCACAGACCUCACUAGAACGUACUCCCGAGCAAAGAAGUACGUGGUUGACAACUCAAAACCAAGGACUGAUUUGGAGUAUGACCCUCUGUCCAACUUUUCUGCCGGCUUGCGUUCUUACAGCUCAUCGGGUAAAGAGCAAAAAGUGAAAAACGGGCAAGGUUUGACGAGAGCAAGAAAGGCUGCAUCUUACAACCAAAAGAAGCCAUUAGCAUUUCAGUCUCCGCUUUCAAGGUCGCCAUCUCCAGAGCCAUUUGACGACUCUAAUGAAGACAGUGUCCUGAUUAUUGACAUUCCUCCCUCCCCUGACCACAAGAGAGCGAAACUUCAGACACCCGUUGAUUUUGUUUCUGGCAAAUCCCUCCAGGAUAAAGUGGAGAAAUUGGAGGAAGUCAAAACAGAGGCUGUUUUACUUCUAAAAGCAGAUGCGGACACAUGCAAGGCCCCAACUCCACCUGCAUCAACAACUGAAGAAAAUAUAGUUUACAGUAAUUGCAGUGCUGAAAACAAUCAAGGUCUGAUUAAUCUUCAUGGGAACAAAGAAUGUGAAAAUGAACCAGUUGAUGGGAGUUUAGUUAAAGGCAGCUGUUUAGAAGAACUGCAAAGUGAAAGUCUGAAAAUUACUCACUUUCAUGCUGAAAAAGUAGUGGAGGAAAGUGAACCUGAGCCUGCGAGUCCUCCUGCCACCACAGACCAGCGAGAUCACAACUGCAACAAUCUGGUGGAGCAGAAGGACGAGAACAGGUUUCAGGUUGAAUCUCCUCAGUGUGAGCUGCCCCAUUGUGUUGAGAAAAUGAAUCCACUUCCACCAAAGAAUUCAAUUUUUUAUGAUGCUCCAGUUGCUUACUCGUACUCACCAUGCAGGCAAAAUGCCAGGCAAGUCCAGAAGGCAGAGCAGCCAGCGGAGAACCGGGUUAGUGAUCAGUGGUCUUCAAGCAAAAUACAGAUUCAGGGGAACGCUGCUGCACCUGAAAGCCACCUGGUGCCAGCAGAACCAGCUUCGGUCGAUUGGUCUGCGUCAAGUUUAGCAAACCGAGCUGAAUCAUCAUCAUCCGCACCAAUUGGACAGCUUUUGACAGAAGAUAACGAGCAAAUUAUAGUCAUUUGUUCCAGCUCAGAUGAAGAUGAGCUGAACUAUUCUGAAAUGGAGAUGUCUGACAGUGAUCCCAUGGAGGAAUGCUACAGGAUCUUCAUGGAGGCAAAUGAGGACAAGGGAAGUGAAGAGCAGGCUGAUGUGUCUGUCGGAGCUAUGGAUGUGGAGGAGCCGAAGUUAAACGUCAAACCCCAAGCAUUGCCAGGAAAGAAGAGGGUGGCCCAUGAUGCUAAACAUACAGAGCAGCCAGUGGCUAAGAGCAGACCUCAGCCCCAGGUGCUGGUUCCCUUACGUGCGCCUGCAGUGUCAGGAUUUGCCUCCCAGCCCUCCAUCCCCUCCAAGGUCCAGCAUGUCCAGCAGAGAGCCUCCAUGCUGACUGCUUCAGUUAAAGGUGGUCAGGCCUUUGUGGUUUCCUCCACCUGUCCGAGGAACCCAGAGACCCAGAGUGCAUCUCUUCCUUCAACUCAAACCCCUGAAAACCUGCAGCCUGUUCCUGUACAACAUGCUCACAUGAACUACAUAGCUUUGGGAACUGCCGUGAUCGGAAUGGACAACAACCUGCACUUGAUCCUCCCGGAGGGCAUGUUCCCUCUGCCCGUCACUUCCAGUUGCGGCCAAGUUACCUCGGUGCUUACCCCAAUCGGUCAAGUGCACCAAAACGCUGUCACUGUGAGACAACUGUACCAUCCACCCACAGUUACCGCUCUGCAAAGAUACCGCACAACAGCACCUGUGCUCAUUCCUGCCCCGCCACGUAAACCUUCGCUGACCUCGGCCUUUGCAUCGGCACAUUCAAGUUCAGCUGUUUCCACUCCUCAAGCUGCUGCCCAUUCUACUGUUAAGCCAGUGCCUACUAAACGUAAACUGAAGCAGUGUGAGGCCACCAAAGAGAAAGUUCCCCAUGAAAUCCGACAGCGUUAUGUCAACAUGUUUACGGAAGAGUUCCUCAAGACAACAGCAAAUGUCAAUGAAGCUUUUGAGAAGGCACUUGCUGAAGAGAAGGCCGUUUACAAUCGCAGUGUGAACAAACUCAAAUAUCUGAGUGUUGCAGUGAAUGCACUGAAGAGGCUGAAGAACCAAAGUACCGUUGCUGCUAAAGAUGAAAAUGAGGUCAAAAGCCAAAGAUCCAAAGGCAACAUUUCACUUAAUCUGAAGAAGUUUAAAGGAAACGAUGAUAUGGCAUUGUACGAGAGUUUGAGGGACUAUAUUUUGACUGAGGAAAAGAUGGUUGAGAGCAACUAUCCUGUCCAGCACCCAGAGAAACCUGGUUGUGGUGUUCUCUUUGUUGACAAUAAGAAAAGCAGUGCAGACCCCCUCAAAAGGAUCUGCUGUCGCUGUGGAUCUACGUACUCCGUGAACCAGAUGGGCAAACACAUUCGUAAGGAGGAGUGUAAUUACCAUUAUGGGAAAGGAGUCACAAAAAAAGUGCCGGGUGGAGUGGAGACGCGCUACAGUUGCUGUGAGGGAGUCAUGGGAGCUCCAGGAUGUCAGGUGUUUCAGGUGCAUGUCCACGAUUCCGUCAGCCUUGAUGGGUUUGUGUCGACCGUUCCCAGCCAUCCCUCUGAUACGAGCUGUCCGGGGGUUUACGCCUUGAAUUGUGAAAUGUGUUAUACCAUUCAUGGUCUGGAGCUGUCGAGAGUGACGGUGGUCAACUCCGGUCUGCAAGUCGUCUAUGACACCUUCGUCAGACCCGAUAAUGAGGCCAUUGACUAUAACACCAGGUUUUCAGGCAUCAGUGAGGAAGAUGUGAAGGGCAACCGCACCUCCAUCAGAGAGGUGCAGGAGACCUUAUUGAGCUUCAUCAGCGCCGACACCAUUCUGAUUGGACACGAACUGGAAACAGACCUCUGUGCCCUGAAGUUGCUCCAUGGGACGGCGGUAGACACAUCGGUGGUCUUCCCUCACCGUCUGGGCCCCCCUCACAAGCUGACCCUCAACAAUCUCACAACUGAAUACCUCAGGAGGAUCAUCCAAGAGAGUGUUUGUGGCCAUGACACUGCGGAAGAUGCUGCUGCCUGCAUGGAGCUUAUGUUUUGGAAACUCAAAGAAGAUGGAAAAAUGAAGAAAUGAAGGAUAUUAUGCAUGACAAUCACCAAACAUGGCAUACAUGAAAAAGAAAGCAGACACUGUUAAGCAUAUUUGAAUGUCUCAUCUAUUUGUGUCCUGAUGACAUGGGAGGGCUGUUUAUUUUAUUUUUGUUUGAUUACAUUACUUCAUUUUGUGUUCAUACAGUAAUACAUGUAUAUUAAAUUUUGAUUUACAGCCUGUGUCCAUAAAUAUUUGUGAAAACCUGAAGGGGUGGGGUGUUGUCAGUAUUAUCUGAGUAAAGGCACAUAAUGAAACCCCUGUCUGUGUUUGUUUUUGUUUACAAAGUUACAGCAGCCAAUGAACAGUCAUCAUUCAAUG